AUGAUUAAAGGAAUGCAGUUUACAAAAAGAGCAGAAGAUAUAAUUAGUAAAGCUAAAGAUAAGGCAGUAGCAAUGAGAAUUAAUAUUAUUUCUCCCAUAAUAGUAUUAUCAGCAAUGUUAGAUGAAGUAAGUGAAAUAAGAGCAACUAAACAAUUAGACGGUAAUAUCAUUAAAAAUUUAAUUUCAAUAGUUGAUAAAUUUUUAAGUCAGUAUGUUAGAAGUAGAAAUAUAGUAACUGAUAUAGGAUUUGAUUAUGAUAUGACUAAAUUAUUGACAGAGGCACAAAAUCUUACUAAUGGGGAAUUUAUAAGUAUAGAUCUAUUAUUACUAUUAUGUCUAAGAUAUUUAGAUAAUGUAUCAACUGAGGGUAAAAAAGAUAUAAAAGAAGCUAUAAAAGUAUCAGAAGAUGUUGUUAAAAUGUCAACUUAUAAUUCACCAAGUUCAGAUGAUCCUGAUGAUAAGAUGACUAAAUUUGCAGUUGAAAUGGUAUUACUUGCUAAACAGAAUAAACUUGAUCCAGUGAUUGGUAGAGAUAAUGAGAUAAGACAAAUAUUUGAAAUAUUGGGUAAGAAAACUAAAAGUAAUGUAAUAAUGGUAGGUAAACCAGGAGUUGGUAAAACUGCAAUUAUAUCUGGUAUUGCUCAACUCAUAGCUAAGAUGGACGUUAAUGGUAAGAAUAUGAUGGCUAAGAAGAAAAUUUAUAAUGUUGACAUUGGAUCAAUGGUAGCAGGAUCUGAAUAUAGAGGAGCAUUUGAACAGAGAUUGAAAGAUUUAAUUAAGGAAACAGAAUCAAGUGAAGAUGCAAUAUUAUUCAUUGAUGAGAUACACAUUGUGUUAGGUGCUGGAUCUGGAGGUAAAGGAGCAAUGGAUGCAGCAAAUAUACUUAAACCAGCAUUAGCAAAUGGUAAAAUUAAAUGUAUUGGUGCAACUACUUUUGAUGAGUAUAGAAAGUAUGUUCAAAAGGACCCAGCAUUUGAAAGAAGAUUUGUUAAAAUUGAUAUAAAAGAACCAUCAAUAGAAGAUACAACAACAAUACUUAGAGGAUUAAGAGACUCAUUAGAAUUACAUCAUGGUAUUAAGAUUAGUGAUAGAGCUUUAGUGUAUGCAGCAAGUGUUUGUAAGAAGUAUAUUCCUGGUAGAAGAUUACCAGAUUUAGCUAUUGAUUUAAUUGAUACUGCAUGUUCAUCAACUGCUAUAAGUUUAAGUUCUGAACCACCUGAGAUACAUGCAUUAAUGAAUAUUCAAUGGAGUCGUGAACUUGAAAGAACCAGUCUUAAAUUAGAUCUUGAUAGAAUAAAUGCUAAGAUAAUUAAUGAAAGUGGACUUUUUGAUGAAAAUCAAAAACUUAAACAAAGUUUAGAAAAAAGAUUAAAAGAAGUAGAAAAAUUGAUUGAAAAAGAUUCUGUUAAAAUUGAUGAACUUUAUGAUCAAUUCUAUAAAGAUAAAGAUUAUAUUUUUAAAGCUAAAGAGAUGAGAAAAAGAAUUGAAAAUACUAAACAUAAAAUAGAGUUAGCUAGAAGACAGAAUGAUACAAUGACUGUAUUAGAUUUAACUCAAAAUGUUUUACCUAUUUAUGAAAAUAAAUUAAAAGCUAUUGAAGAUCAAGGAGAAAUGAUUGAACCACAACAUGUAGCAGAAGUUAUUUCAAGACUCAGUAAAAUUCCAGUAAGUAAAUUAAAAGUAAAUGAUUCAGAAAAAUUACUUGAUAUGGAAAAUGUUAUUAAAAGUAAGAUAUUUGGUCAGGAUGAAGCAAUUAGUGUUGUUUGUGAUUCAAUUAUCAGUAACAGACUUGGUUUGAAUGAUCAAAAUAAACCAAUUGGAUCAUUUUUAUUUGUUGGUCCUACUGGUGUUGGUAAAACUGAAUUGAGUAAGCAAAUUUGUAAAGAAUUAAAUGACACUAUUGAAAAUAUGGUUAUGAUUGAUAUGAGUGAUUAUUCUACUGAAAUAUCUUUAACUAAGUUAAUUGGUGCUCCUGCUGGUUAUGUCGGUUAUGAUGAGGGUGGUUCAUUAACUGAACCUGUUAAGGAAAUGCCUUAUAAUGUUGUUUUGCUUGAUGAGGUUGAUUUGGCACAUCAAAGAAAUUUAAAUAUUCUUUAUCAAAUGCUUGAUGAGGGUCGUAUUACUGAUGGAAGAGGUGAUAAAGUUUCUUUUAGGAAUUGUGUAAUUAUUAUGACUACUAAUUUAGGUGCUGAGUAUGUUAAUGAUCCUGAUAAAUUAGAAAAUAUUUUAGUUUCCAGAUUUGGUCAUCCUUUGAUCAAUAGAAUUGAUAAUAUUAUCCCAUUUAGGAAAUUAGAUUAUUAUGCACUUAAAUCAAUUCUUUUGUAUGAAAUUGAUGAGUUUAAUAGAAAAUUAAUUAGUAAAAAUCUUAAAGUAGUUGUUAGUUCUUAUGUAAUUAAUACAGCAGUAGUUAAAGCAAGUGAAAGUAAGUUUGGUGGUAGAAUCCUUAAGAGAUUUAUUAAAGAUAAUUUUAUUAGAACUAUUUCUAAAUUAGCACUUGAGUUUAAUAAUAAUGAUAAUCUUAAAAUUAUUCAUAUAAAUCAUAUUAAUGAAAAUGUUGAUGCUACUAAUGCUAUUCAAAAUGAUGAAUUAAUAUUUAAAAUUGAAUAA